AUGAGGCAGGUCGGCAUCGCUUCCCGGGUGGUGGAGCUGCGGGGUAAGAUGGCGCCGCUGGCGAGCCUCUCGGAGAGACUCUCGGGCGACCCGUCGGUUAUGGCCGCGGUUCCGAAGCGAGAGGAGCACGUCCUCACGCUCGAGAUCAAGAAGCGACGAGAGGCCCUGGCGCAGACGGUGCACGCCAUGAUGGAUAAGGUUGGCAAAGAGCGCAGCAUCUCCAUGUCGCACAAUGUUGGCGACGACUGCUUCAUUGACAACCUCAAGAUGACCAUCGCCUAUUCGGUGGCCGGCCAGACCGAUCACGUUUCCGACGCCUUCGACUCGCAGCCCUUCGCGGAGGUUGCGAAGGCGUCGCUCAUGCAAUCGAUGAAGGCGACGAACUUCGCCCAGACUCGCUGGCAGGCUGCCAUUGACACUGUCGUGGAGAAGAUCAAGGAAGGCAUCCCCGAGUGGCAGCAGCUCGAGAGCAUUCUCGCUGCCAUCAAGCCUCACCAUGGACAUCAGCUCUUCGAGGCGUCGUGCGCGACCUCCCUGCGCCAGACCAUGGACGCGGCCACGGUGAUAGUGUCUCUUACCUUUGCCAUUUAUCACAUUCACACCACUUUCGCGAAGUGCAAGGGUUACAGGGCGCUCGACAACGAGGCCAGGGCCCUCAAGGCACAGCUCGAG